AUGGUGGAUGAACGCAAAUAUAAACAAGAUGAUGAUGUUUACGAGAGGAAACUACCCCGCACUACUUCUAAGGAUUGGACUACUACCGAACGACCCAAGGCCCGAGAUCUAAAAAGAAAG